AUGUCGAUUAGCAGGGACAACGUCAACAGAAAGGUGGAGAUGGACGACGGCCUCUUGCACAUUCUGGCCGCAGGAAACGACAGUCACGAGGCGCAGACUCAAGCCAUCGAGAGAUUUGGUGGUGAUUGUCUCGACGACCCAAGCCCUUCAGACUUUCAUCUCGCUUACACUAGAGACUGUGCUCGUUUCUAUGCGUUUCGAGGCUUGCUGGGGUGCAACGAGUCUGGAGGCUGGGACGUGCUGGGGCAUCAAACAGUUGUUGGUGCACAAUAUCGGGACCUCGGGAACCUGGGCAGGGUUCACAAGAAUCAGGGAGAUACCGUUGUUGUCGCGAGCGCAUUGAACGGUGCUGCUAGCCUUCAGGAGACUUCACUCUGUCGAGCGGAGGCGGAAAACUUGUUUGACCCCUCGGGAGCGUGCACGGUACACGCCGUCCAGGGCCGUACGGUAGAAGGGAGACUGAUCAUACACCAGGCCCGACACCUUUACGCCGAUGUGUACUGGANCAACAUCAUCCGGUCCUCAGGAGAUACCGUUGUUGUCGCGAGCGCAUUCGACGGUGCUGCUAGCCUUCAGGAGACUUCACUCUGUCGAGCGGAGGCGGAAAACUUGUUUGACCCCUCGGGAGCGUGCACGGUACACGCCGUCCAGGGCCGUACGGUACAAGGGAGACUGCUCAUACACCAGGCUCGACACCCUUACGCCGAUGUGUACUGGAUAUACACGGCCAUAAGUCGAGCGACCGGACCGUCAAACGUCAGGGUCAUCGACGAUAUUCACCGAAGCAAGAGCGACAUGUCAGACCGAGAGAGGGCAUCGUGGGUUUCUAGGAAGGUUUCAAGUUAUAUCUACGCCGACGUUGCGGCCGAGCGUCUCGGAUCUGAUGAGGGGGGACAGCACAGAGAAGCUCUCGUCCAAGAACUCCACCGCUCCUACGGGGGGAGGUGCAACUUGUGCAACCAUGACUUGGUCUGGGCCGUCUAUAGUGAACGCCAACCGACUCUCGAUCGUCUUGACUGCGCUUUGCCGCACACGAUCGACAAUGUAGAUGUGAAAUGCUUAAAGUGCAACAGAGCCAGAGGAAGCCUAGGGAGAGGGAAGUCGAAAAAGAGGAAGACGAGUUGA